AUGGUUACAGAGAAGGUUGUUAGAAUAGAAAACACCAAGGCUGUUUGUCUUGCCACAUUGGUCGAUCAGUACAAGUUGUGCAUGGCCACGGAAGACUGUCGCGUUGAGUGGCACACCACGUUGUUGAAGUCCAUACAGAAUCUCCGAAUUCUCGAACGACAACGAUUAGACGCAUUGGUUAAAGGAUUGAACGUUUACAAGAAUCUUUUCGAUCAGUCCGUUGUGUCAUUCCAAACGGCAGUAUCAGAUUUGGCGGCUGCUGUGAAGUCUGCUGAUCCGUCGGCAGAUCUUGACCUGUUCCGUAAACGCGCACAAUUCGCCACUGCGGAUUUGACCAAGAUCCCCAACAGUCCGACGCCCGAACAGCCAUUCUACGAUAACCCAAUACUGAAGUCAGCCGUUGGAUGCUCUCAACAAAGACUAAUGGAAGUACCCGGUGAACACCUUAUACUCAAGUUGCAAUCGUCUUCUUCAACACUGUCCACGGAUGUGGAUUCGCAAGCGUCAAAACACGUGAACAGCGCCUUCGCUAACGAUCAAGGUGAAGUUCCACCAGCGACCAAUUCAGCGCAAUCUAUUCCAUCUCGUCUACGUGAGAGCCUGACGAGGGAAUGUCUCUUCACUCAACUGGAGCUGUUGUCGAAGGAAGUGAUAAAGGAGAGGCGGACAAAACAAGGUCUCACAAAUCUUGUUCAAGUCUAUGCUCGUGAACCAGCCUACUCCGAUGAGCGUACUUACUGUGAGGCCCGCCGUCGUCUUUAUGUGUCCCGUGUGCGUCUGACCUAUCUAACCAAUUGCCGACAGAAAUCGAUCUACAGCCUCAUGUGUCUCCUGUCCGCUCCGGGCUCUCAGUCUGCUCCAGACCGGCUUCCUAAACACGUCUACGCUGAAGCGUUGGUGCGUGCCGGGUUUUACAAUCUACCAUGGAUCUCAUCGCUCGCCUCUGGCUCCAACUCCAGUCUGCCCCCGUCAGCUGUCCGGUGGAUACCUCUCCCCGAUUUAGACGAGGAGACCUCAUUCAGAAGGUUAUCACGACCACUUGAAUGGCCACCAUUUCCUGCUAGCGAUGCACCUUGUGAGGACUUGAAUGAAGGCCUCUUCGAGUGGGAACUCGAGAGACUGGUUCAACGGGACAUCGAAGAACAGACCGCAAUUUCUGAGUUCACUGGGGAAUUGUACUGGGAGAACAUUGAUUCGAUCGAUGGCGAGGAUUCUCCUCUAAGCUCUGUGAAGAAAGGAAUAAAAGAAGGCAUUUCUUCUCCGCUGAUGUUGCGCAGAAAUUCCAACACUCGGUGUAACGGAUCUUCUGAAAUUUCGAAUUUUGGCGCAAACGACAGUCGCAUAAAGAAAACCGGUUUGGUGAAAAUACAGACAACUGAGCAUAAUGUACCAAACAGAUAUUCUUCCAGACCCUCAAAAGAUAUUGAUCACAUUAUCCCUUCGGUGACAGAUUCAUUGAUGGAUAAAGCGAACAAACCCUUGCUACAUGACAACCGUUCGAGGUUCCUCGGUAGCUCUCGAUUUAGGGCUAUAUCGAUUGGAAGAGGCAACACGACUUCGUCUAAACCAGAAGCAAACCAAAUCAACAGUCCUCCAGUGUCCCCGUCUCCGAUUUCCGUUCAAUUUUCUCCGCCGUUUGAUGCCUCUUCUCACGAAGCGAAACAGCCAACAUCCUCCCGGUCUUCCUUUUGGUUUCGGACUCGCCUGUUCUCACGAAAACACUCAGAGAAGGAGACUUCUCCAUCUUGUACACAGAACACUGACAAUGAGCACACAAACCUAGUCAAAUUGUCUUCUGAUGACACAGUCAAUCAUGACCUGUUGAAACCAAUGACAGUUCUUGAUAAAUCACUCUGGCCUUCUACAAUUAGCCUGCAUUGUUUAGGAUGGGCCAAGGUUGAGCGCGACUACAAAGCAAGGACAUCACAGGAACUUUCACUACAGGCUGGUGAUAUUGUCAGUAUCUAUCGCAAAGACAACGAACUGUGGUGGUUUGGGGAACUGAAUGGAACCAAAGGCCACUUUCCAGUCAGCCAUGUUGAAGAAUUUUGACGCUCUCGUUUUAUGUUUGGUGCCACACCAUUGCUGUUUUUUCUGCGUGAUCAACUAAGUCACCGGUGUUCAUACCUUUCCAACCGUUCACGUGCUGUAUAGAAUGCUAAUAUCCAACGGUUUUUCACCCCAAAAAUUUGAUCAGGUUUCCUUUUUUCGUUUGUGCGUUGCCAUUCUAUUGUUUUUCUUAUUCCAAUCGAAUUUAUGCGCCUGUUGCUUUGAUUAGUUGAUAUACUUUCCCGGUGGCUACUGCUUUUCCUUAUGCCCAGACAGUUUUUCCCUUCGUUCUUCCCUAGUGAUAUCCGUUUUAAUUUAUUCCACUCGAUCGGACGUGGAUUAUGUUGUACGCAGUUAGCUAAACGCAACUGAUAAUGUCAUCUGAUUAGGGUCGUAUUUUGUGCGGACGACAACCGGCGUUGUAUCAUUUUGUAUUCAUUGACAAGAUUUUGAAAUUUUUUGUUUUCAAAUUUUAGCGAUUC